CUGAGUAACAUGGCCGCUGCCCCAUGAGCCCGGCAGGUGCUGGCCGGGAGUGGGUCUCGUGAGCUGUUUGGCGGCCAGGGGCAGGGGUACGGAGACGGGAUCCAGGCCCGGGUUCCGAGGCGGCGCGCGGCGGCGGAGCGAGACAGGCGGCCCGGGGCGGCGUGGUCCAUGAGCCGGCGCCGGAGGCAGCGCGGAGCCGCAGACUCCCCUAGCCCCGGCGCGGCCCGGGCUGCCGCGGGCUGAGGAGUCGCGGGGCUCCGGGGAACGCCCCGAGCUGCCACCAUGAACCCCGAGAAGGAUUUCGCGCCGCUCACGCCCAACAUCGUGCGCGCCCUCAAUGACAAGCUCUACGAAAAGCGGAAGGUGGCAGCACUGGAGAUCGAGAAGCUGGUCCGGGAGUUCGUGGCCCAGAACAACACCGUGCAGAUCAAGCAUGUGAUCCAGACGCUGUCUCAGGAGUUUGCCCUGUCCCAGCACCCGCACAGCCGGAAAGGGGGCCUCAUCGGCCUGGCUGCCUGCUCCAUCGCGCUGGGCAAGGACUCGGGGCUCUACCUGAAGGAGUUGAUUGAGCCGGUGCUGACCUGCUUCAAUGAUGCUGACAGCAGGCUGCGCUACUAUGCGUGUGAGGCCCUCUACAACAUCGUCAAGGUGGCCCGAGGCGCUGUGCUGCCCCACUUCAAUGUGCUCUUUGACGGGCUGAGCAAGUUGGCUGCUGACCCAGACCCCAAUGUGAAGAGCGGCUCUGAGCUCCUAGACCGCCUCUUAAAGGACAUCGUGACGGAGAGCAACAAGUUCGACCUGGUGGGCUUCAUCCCCUUGUUGCGGGAGAGGAUUUAUUCCAACAACCAGUACGCCCGGCAGUUCAUCAUCUCCUGGAUCCUGGUUCUGGAGUCCGUGCCAGACAUUAACCUGCUGGAUUAUUUGCCGGAGAUCCUGGAUGGACUCUUCCAGAUCCUGGGUGACAACGGCAAAGAGAUUCGGAAAAUGUGUGAGGUGGUCCUUGGAGAAUUCUUGAAGGAAAUUAAAAAGAACCCUUCCAGUGUUAAGUUUGCUGAGAUGGCCAACAUCCUGGUGAUCCACUGCCAGACCACGGACGACCUGAUCCAGCUGACAGCCAUGUGCUGGAUGCGGGAGUUCAUCCAGCUGGCCGGCCGGGUGAUGCUGCCCUACUCCUCUGGGAUCCUGACCGCUGUCUUGCCCUGCCUGGCUUACGAUGACCGCAAGAAGAGCAUCAAGGAGGUGGCCAACGUGUGCAACCAGAGCCUGAUGAAGCUGGUCACCCCCGAGGACGACGAGCCCGACGAGCCCAAGCCAGUGGUUCAGAAGCAGGCAGAACCCAACCCUGAUGACUCGUCGGCAAAGCAGGAGGGAGCAGCCAGUGGAGGGCCCGAUGGUUCUUGUGACUCCAGCUUCAGUAGCGGCAUCAGUGUCUUCACUCCGGCCAGCACUGAGAGGGCCCCCGUCACCCUCCACCUCGACGGGAUUGUGCAGGUUCUGAGCUGCCACCUCAGCAACAUGGCCAUCGGGAUGAUGACCAGGAUCGCUGUCCUCAAGUGGCUCUACCACCUCUACAUCAAGACCCCCCGGAAGAUGUUCCGGCACACAGACAGCCUCUUCCCUACCCUGCUCCAGACGUUAUCAGAUGAAUCCGACGAGGUUAUUCUGAAGGAUCUGGAGGUAUUGGCAGAAAUUGCUUCCUCCCCCGCAGGCCAGAUGGAUGACCCAGGCCCCCUCGAUGGCCCUGACCUCCGGGUCAGCCACUCAGAGCUCCAGGUGCCCACCCCUGGCAGAGCUGGCCUACUGAAGACUCCUGGUACCAAAGGCUUGGAGUGUUCUCCUUCGACUCCGACCAUGAACUCCUACUUUUACAAGUUCAUGAUCAACCUUCUCAAGAGGUUCAGCAGCGAACGGAAGCUUCUGGAGGUCAGAGGCGGCUUCAUCAUCAGGCAGCUCUGCCUCCUGCUGAACGCGGAGAACAUCUUCCACUCGAUGGCGGACAUCCUGCUCCAGGAGGAAGACCUCAAGUUCGCCUCGACCAUGGUCCACACCCUCAACACCAUCCUGCUGACCUCCACUGAGCUCUUCCAGCUGCGAAACCAGCUGAAGGACCUGAAGACCCCGGAGAGCCAGAACCUGUUCUGCUGCCUGUACCGCUCCUGGUGCCACAACCCAGUCACCACGGUGUCCCUCUGCUUCCUCACCCAGAACUACCGGCACGCCUACGACCUCAUCCAGAAGUUCGGGGACCUGGAGGUCACUGUGGAUUUCCUCACGGAGGUAGACAAGCUGGUGCAGCUGAUCGAGUGCCCCAUCUUCACAUAUCUGCGCCUGCAGCUGCUGGAUGUGAAGAACAACCCGUACCUGAUCAAGGCCCUGUACGGCCUGCUCAUGCUGCUGCCCCAGAGCAGCGCCUUCCAGCUGCUCUCCCACCGGCUCCAGUGCGUGCCCAACCCCGAGCUGCUGCAGACGGGAGACGGUGUGAAGGCAGCCCCCAAGUCACAGAAAGCAGACUCCCCGAGCAUCGACUACGCCGAGCUGCUGCAGCACUUUGAAAGGGUCCAGAAGAAGCACCUGGAAGUGAGGCACCAGCGGAGUGGGCGUGGGGAUCACCUGGACCGGAGGGUUGUCCUCUGAUAGGCCUGGCCUGGGGAAGGGCCCAAGGAGUGGUCCCAUGGAGCACUUGGGGUCUUCAGGCCCCCUCCCCAAAGAGCCCGAGGACCUGCCUCAGGGGCAGGGCUGGGCCUGGCCACCAGCGCAGGGCAGGGUAGGGGACUGGAAGCUCUGUCCACCCAAGCUCCUCUCACAGGCCCUCCAGCGCAGUCAGCUGCACUCUGGCAUUCAGACAGAGCUGGCUUCCUGCCAGGGUGAGGCCGCAGCCUCAGACGCCCCCAUUUUCUGGAAUCGGGUUCUUUCUAAUGCCCUCUUGUAAAAGAGCUUGACCUCCCCAGCGCACCAGAGCUCUGGCCUCCUGUGGAUGUGUGUGUACAUAUGUGUAUACACAUCUGUGCACAUAGGGACCAGCACAGAGGUCCAUAUGAAUGGCGCACCCUCUGUCCCAAUAAAGAAACGCAACCCGUGCCUGGCCUGCUCCUUCCCACCGAUGCCUGCCCCCGCCUGAUGCUGCAGUUGCCCCAGGACCUUGCUGCCUGUCCUAGAGAUUUGUUCUCAUGGUGGUCCCAGGAGUGCUGGCUCUGCCAGGAGAGGCUGGUUGCUCUCUGCACACUCACCUGACUGGGGUGUGGGCCUUGGGCCCAGCCCUUACCUCUAUAGAACCAGCCCCUUCUUCCUGGAGAGCACAAAGCACUGGCCUGGCCCCCUGAACCCUGCCUUCUCAGGCACCUAAUCUGACUUUUCCAUCCUGACAACCCCCCGCCCGGGGGGCAUGGGACAUGUCCCCAUUAGACAGAUGAACUGAGCCUCAGGAGUUUCUGAAUGAAGGGGCACACUGCAGAAUGUUCCAGGUCACUGGGGAUGGAGGGGAAGGCCCAGACCAGUGCAGGGAGUUGGGCGGGGCAGGGGGUGGGCUUCCCACAUCCCCACCCCUUGAUUUGGCUAAAUGAGCCUUAGCUCACCAAACCUAUAAGCCAGAGUCCACCUGACCCCAGGCUUUGGGAAGCCUCGGAUCUCCCAAGUGGCUCUUGUGGGCCCCUGGAAUAGAAGAGAAGGAUCUUGUGCAGGCUUUUCCUCAGAGCCCCAGCAUAGGGCCGGGAGGGUGGGUUUCCCUGCCUGGAGUCUCCAGAACAGGAUGACAGACUGAACUCACCAUGGCCAACGUACACACACAUGCAUCCUCAUACGUGGGUACCCUGGCAUAAGAGACGGGACAGUGGCCCACCUCUGUUCUGCUGGUCCCACAUGGCCCCAACCCGAGGAAAGAGGUUGCUUGAGGACCAGUACACCACCACCCCCAAAGGUCCGGCCUGGGGCACCCCAUGCAGGUGGCAUCAGCACUGGCACUGCUUGGAAAAGGAGCCACAGAACUUCUGGAGGAGGGUCCAAACCCUUCUGUGCCGGGGAUAAAACGUUCCAAGGCGGGUGGCCUCCAGGGCACCGUGCGCCCCUGCUGAGGGUGGUGUAGCCGUCCCACGGGAUGCGCCCCGAGGACCCCAGCCUGCCCCCCUCUUC